CAUAGUAGUACCUGUAAGGGGUAGUAGGUAAUUGACGCACGUGUGCCUGUUGAGGCUAUCCCGUGACCUCCCGUUGGCGUAGGUACUUACAUAUGUGAGGUGUGGGUACCUAAGGUACCUACAUCUAAGCAGCCGGUCCUCUCGCCCAUUCCUUUAAUAUAUCCCACUUUCUCACACUCUACAACUCGCUUAUUCUGUCUUCUCCGUACGAUUUUCCAUCGCCCAAUAUCUACCGUCGUGGUCGAGACCUCAUAUACCUAUAUCGCAUACGUCCGUACCGGAUUCGACCGACUUCCCGCUCUCGACUAUACUUGACCCAGAACGCUACGUGCGCCUGGAUAUAUCUAGAUGAAGUUUUGCCGUUUAGUCUGUGGCCUCGCCGCCGUUAACUUCAGUGUUAGCGCUGUCAUUCCCGAUUCCGAUACCAGCGCCAAUGCCGACCAUGUCGCCUUACAUCCCCGGCCAGAGUCGGAAGUGCUCGAGAGAUCCGCGGCGACUUGGGAGGACUUGGUGAAACGGAAAGGCGGCGGCAGCAGCGGCGGCAGAGGCGGAAGCAAUAGCGGUGGUACCUCAGGCGGCUCCUCCGGUAGUUCCAGUCCUUCCGGGAGCGGUCGAGGCUCACCCUCUUCCAACGCCGGCGGCUUGACGACGACCGGCAGCGGCGUCCGCCCGAGCUACGGCGGCGGGGCUUUUUACGGCGGUGGCGCCCAGCAGCCCUACCGCUCCGGCCUCAGCUCGCCGUCGGGAAUUGCGCCGUUCGUUAUCGCAGGCGCCGGUCUCGCGACCAUCGGCUUCGUCGGUGCGGCCUACGCACACGGCGCCUACGUGUACCCGUAUACGAACCGGUAUUACUACCACAACGCGACGACAAACCAGAACGAGACGAAGCCGGUCAGCUGCGUGUGCGAGAGGUACGAAGUAUGCGGCUGCGAUGACAAUGGCAAUCAGACCUACUUCAACUCCGUCAUCGGCGACGGCUCCUACGAAAACCUCAACAAAUCUCUCGUCACCGUUGCCGAGAACGAGACCACCCACGAGCCCACCAUCUAUAUCCGCGGCACCCUAGCCAACGGCACCACCGCCCCUGGCGGCACCGAUGACCCCAACGCCGCCGGUGCCAAUUGGCAGGCCCUGGCGAGAGCUGCGGGCUGGUGGCCUCUCGCCACCACCGCAUUAGCGAUCGUGUGUCUAUCGUAACCUGGAAGGAUGGCCCUUACUGUGGCCGGAUAACGAGAGGCUCUCUUUUUAGAGUCUCGCGCUUCUCCUAGUACAUAUUGAUAACCCCUUUUCCCCCUCGCACAUAAUUGCACGUACCCGCACGCACAUGCGCUUUCAGGAUGCAGACCUAGCGGCGGCAACGCCUUGAGUGUUUGUUAUGUUAUGAUUUAUUGAUUUUACCCAUCGAUAUCCCGAUGGUGGUAUGUUUUGGCGGCUUCACGGUGUUGUUUGAAAGAUGGAUUGCUACGUGG